CUUAAUAACUUCGUCAACUAUCAUUUAUCAAUAACAAAAACAACAAAUAUCACCACACUACAUCAACAUCAUUUGUUGCCUGCAGGCGCUCGCACAAUACAAGAUGGUGACUAUGAAAUUAUUGUAGUUGAUGAAAAUAAUCCAUCGGUAUUGGCGGAUAAUGAUUCACAUUCAAGUGGUCCACCCUCAAUUAAGAGCGUCGACUCGGAUGUCGGUUCGUUGAACAUGAUUUCAACGGAGAACGAAGUUCCUGAGGUGGAAUCAUCGAGUGAAAUUCUGGCCGAUGACAACAAGCCAACCAACUCGAAUGACGAAAGCUGGACAGAUGUCAAUUUGAAUGAGGAUGCGAGUGUAUUGUCAGGUGGCAUGUCGGCGGUGGAUGCGAAAAUGCGUAACAUCGACAGCCUGCAGCACCAAGCACACCAGCAACAACAGCAGCAGCAGCAACAACAGGCGCCGACAGGACAUGGCCAACCGCAGGGUGCUCAGCAAAUGCAAGCACAUCACGGCCAUCAGUUGGUGGGUGCGGGCGCUGGCAGCGAACGCGGCGACAAACCCGAUUCGGAAAUAUCGGUAGUACGUGUACCGGACAGUUAUGCAGCUACAUCCGGCGCAUCAGGCGCGGGCGUUGUCACGGCUGCCGGCGGCAAUGUGGGUCAGCGUGGCACACGCUCCGAUGAGCUACAAAUGAAACCACCACUCGUUGGCCAGCUGCCGAUGACAACGCCCUCGCGUGAGGCGAGCCUCACACAGAAACUAGAGGUGGCUUUGGGUCCGGUUUGUCCGUUGCUGCGCGAAAUAAUGGUUGACUUUGCGCCAUUCCUCUCAAAGACACUCGUUGGCUCGCAUGGUCAAGAGCUGCUUAUGGAGGGCAAAGGGCUGACGACUUUCAAAAACUCGCACUCCGUUGUCGAGUUGGUGAUGUUGCUGUGUUCGCAGGAAUGGCAGAAUAGCCUGCAGAAACAUGCCGGUCUCGCCUUCAUCGAGUUGAUUAAUGAGGGUCGGUUGUUGUCGCAUGCCAUGAAGGAUCACAUUGUGCGUGUCGCCAAUGAAGCUGAAUUCAUAUUGAAUCGUAUGCGUGCAGAUGAUGUUCUCAAGCAUGCUGAUUUCGAGUCGCAAUGUGCCCAAACACUGCUGGAGCGUCGCGAGGAGGAACGCAUGUGCGAUCAUCUAAUAACGGCAGCGCGAAGACGUGACAAUGUGAUUGCUAGUCGCCUCCUCGAAAAGGUACGCAAUAUUAUGUGCAAUAGGCAUGGGGCUUGGGGUGACGCCAGCGGCAGUGUGCAGAAACAAACUUAUUGGAAAUUGGACGCUUGGGAGGAUGAUGCGCGCCGACGCAAACGCAUGGUGCAAAAUCCGCGCGGCUCAUCGCAUCCACAAGCCACACUCAAGGCGGCCAUCGAGAAUGGCGCACCCGAGGAUGCUAUCCUGCAGACGCGUGAUGAAUUUCACACACAGAUUGCAGUAUCACGUGCGCAUCAGUCCGCUCAGCAUACGGCCGAUCUUUUGGAUGACGCCGAGCUGUUGAUCGAAGAUCGUGAGCUGGAUCUGGACUUGACGGGCCCAGUGAACAUCAGUACCAAGGCGAAACUGAUAGCGCCCGGCGUGGUCGCACCCGGUACAGUGUCCAUCACGAGCACUGAAAUGUUCUUUGAAGUUGAUGAAGAUCAUGCUGAGUUCCAGAAAAUCGAGCCAGAGGUGCUAAAGUACUGCGAUCACUUGCACGGCAAGUGGUACUUUUCCGAAGUGCGCGCCAUCUUCUCACGUCGCUACUUGCUGCAAAAUGUAGCUUUGGAGAUUUUCUUGGCCAGUCGCACCUCUAUUCUCUUCGCAUUCCCCGACCAACAUACUGUGAAAAAAGUGAUCAAGGCCUUGCCGCGCGUUGGCGUCGGCAUUAAAUAUGGUAUCCCCCAAACUCGCCGUGCUUCGAUGAUGUCUCCGCGCCAACUGAUGCGAAACUCCAACAUGACACAGAAGUGGCAACGACGCGAAAUUUCCAAUUUCGAGUACUUAAUGUUCCUUAAUACAAUAGCGGGACGCACCUACAAUGACCUCAACCAGUAUCCGGUUUUCCCAUGGGUACUUACCAACUACGACACAAAGGAGCUGGAUCUCAGUUUGCCUUCAAACUACCGCGAUCUGUCGAAGCCGAUAGGUGCAUUAAAUCCCUCACGACGCGCCUACUUCGAGGAACGCUACGAAAGCUGGGAAAGUGACACAAUACCGCCAUUCCAUUACGGCACACACUACUCAACGUCCAGCUUCACGCUCAAUUGGUUGGUGCGCGUUGAGCCAUUCACCACCAUGUUCUUGGCAUUGCAGGGCGGUAAGUUCGAUUAUCCUGACCGUCUUUUCUCUUCCAUUUCACUUUCAUGGAAGAACUGCCAACGCGACACAUCCGACGUCAAAGAGCUCAUACCCGAAUGGUACUUCCUGCCAGAAAUGUUCUACAACUCAUCUGGCUAUCGCCUGGGGCAUCGCGAAGACGGCACUCUCGUCAACGAUGUCGAACUGCCGCCCUGGUCUAAGAGUCCCGAAGAAUUUGUGCGCAUCAAUCGUAUGGCCUUGGAAUCAGAAUUCGUCUCCUGCCAGCUGCAUCAAUGGAUUGAUUUGAUUUUCGGCUAUAAGCAACGUGGGCCCGAAGCAAUACGCGCAACCAAUGUCUUCUACUAUCUGACCUAUGAAGGUAGUGUUGACUUGGAUGCGAUAAACGAUCCCGUCAUGCGUGAAGCAGUGGAAAAUCAAAUUCGAAACUUCGGCCAGACACCCAGUCAGCUGCUGAUGGAACCGCAUCCGCCACGCAGUUCGGCAAUGCACCUAUCGCCAAUGAUGUUCAGCGCCAUGCCCGAUGAUCUCUGCAUGUCGCUGAAAUUCUAUCAGAACUCGCCAAUUAUACACAUUUCAGCCAACACCUACCCACAACUGUCGCUGCCGUCGGUAGUGACUGUGACGGCUGGCCAUCAGUUCGCCGUGAAUCGCUGGAAUUGCAACUACACCGCAUCCGUCCAGAGUCCCAGCUAUGCAGAGUCGCCACAAUCACCUGGCUCCAAUCUGCCGUUGACCAUCGAUCCAGUUUUAUCUGCACAAAAUACAGGCCACAACAACCCAAUGAAUCGUCGUCAUUUAGGUGACAAUUUCAGUCAGAUGUUGAAAAUUCGCUCCAACUGUUUUGUGACAACUGUAGACAGCCGUUUUCUGAUUGCUUGCGGUUUUUGGGACAACAGUUUCCGUGUGUUCGCCACUGAAACUGCGAAAAUCGUGCAAAUAGUAUUCGGCCAUUUCGGUGUCGUCACCUGUUUGGCCCGCUCAGAGUGCAAUAUCACCUCCGAUUGUUAUAUCGCAUCGGGUUCGGCAGACUGCACAGUGCUGCUGUGGCACUGGAAUGCGCGCACCCAGAGCAUUGUCGGUGAGGGUGAUGUGCCAACGCCGCGCGCUACGCUGACGGGACAUGAACAAGCUGUGACUUCGGUUGUGAUUAGCGCUGAGCUGGGCUUAGUCGUCUCAGGAUCGACAAACGGUCCCGUUCUGAUUCAUACCACAUUUGGUGAUCUUCUACGUUCGCUCGAUCCGCCCAUGGAUUUCUAUUCGCCCGAGUUGAUAGCCAUGUCGCGCGAGGGUUUCAUUGUUGUCAAUUACGAUAAGGGCAAUGUGGCUGCGUAUACCAUCAAUGGCAAGAAGCUACGCCACGAAACGCACAAUGAUAACUUGCAGUGCAUGCUGCUAUCGCGUGAUGGUGAAUAUCUGAUGACUGCUGGUGACCGCGGCAUAGUGGAAGUUUGGCGCACUUUCAACUUGGCGCCUUUGUAUGCCUUCCCUGCAUGUAAUGCGGCCAUCCGUUCGUUGGCGUUGACACACGAUCAAAAAUACCUCCUUGCUGGACUAUCCACCGGCUCCAUCAUUGUAUUUCACAUUGAUUUCAAUCGCUGGCAUCACGAGUACCAGCAGCGAUACUAAACGCCGAGAGAAUACGAAAUGAUAAUUCUCAAAUGCUUUAAAAAACGAUGACGCAAAUUAACUUGGAUAGUAGAUUUGCAAACCUCAAACAAAGAAGCGUAGACAGCUACU